AUGAGGGCUGCAGAGCGUGACACCCACAACACAUCCCGGAUUCAGGAGCGAUUCUGGAAGGUGAAUAAGAUUCAGUUUGUUUAUGACACCUCCCAAGCCUACUUUAAAGACGCCAUAAACCCCGGGAAGCACACGGCAGUGUCUCACCACUUGACGCUGUUCCGGACGCCCGAGGGCAAGUCGUACAAGUGUAAAGCUCAGGAGACACUGGUGCUGAUCUCCAGCGACCACCACAAAAUGGUGUCCCUGUUUCUCUCCCAGACACACAUCCAGCCCUUCGACAUCAACAGUGACUUCAUCUUCAGUGAAGCAUCCAAGUGCGUGGUGGACCAGCAGGAGAGGCUGGAGGAGACCCUUCCCCUGAUUCUGGGGCUGACCCUGGGGCUGAUCAUCGUGGUGAUGCUGACUGUCUACCACCUCCACCAGAAAUACACAGCCACCGCCAGGCAGACACAGGUCCCCAGAGACAGAGCACAAUACAAGCACAUGUAGAGAAUAGUACCUCCCUCAACGCUAGCCCAGCACCUUCACCAGCCAGCGACGGGAGGGAGGGAGAGAGAGAGAGAGAAAGAGGGAGAGAGGGAGGGAG